AUGCCAGCGUCCUUAGGCCAUCUGCUCCUACUUAUGAUUGGGACGACUUAUUUUAGAGAGGGAAGCUCUAGACCGAUGUCGCUGCAGCAAGAUGCUAAAUGUGGGAAGAAACCCUUAGAAUCAAGUACACCGAGUUUUUAUAACUACCUCUCUAGGAUUGUUGGUGGGAACCAGGUGCAACAAGGCUCACACCCAUGGCAGAUGUCCUUGAAACAAGCGAAUAGUCAUUACUGUGGAGGAACUCUUGUUUCUACACAAUGGGUAAUCACCGCAGCCCACUGUGUUCAAAGCAGAAACCUGCUCAGUUCUUUGACUGUCACUGCUGGAGAACAUGAUCUGAGUCUGACAGAGGUGGAAGAACAGACACUACCUGUAAAAUAUAUCAUCAGUCAUCCAAAAUUUGACCCUAGGAAGCCAAUGAAUUAUGACAUUGCCCUUCUGAAAGUGGAUGGUAACUUUAAAUAUGGUCCCAAAGUUUGGCCAGCAUGUCUUCCUAAUCCAGAUGAAAGAUUUGAUCCAGGCUAUAUAUGCAGCACAUGCGGUUGGGGUCGUCUACGAGAAAAUGGAAUCCUCGCUCAAGUCUUAUAUGAAGUGGAUUUGCCCAUUUUAGACCAGGAUGAAUGUUCUAGAGCACUGUUAACAUUACAGAAACCUGUCCAAGGUGACACUUUAAUGUGUGCUGGAUUUCCAGAUGGAGGAAAAGAUGCUUGCCAGGGUGACUCUGGAGGCCCUCUUGUGUGCAUUAGUGAACAUGGCUCUUGGACCCUGGUUGGGGUGACCUCAUGGGGCAUGGGGUGUGCUCGUGGCUGGGUGCAUAACCUGAGAAAAAAGUACCACAGAAGAGGAUCUCCAGGAGUUUUUACUGAUCUUAUCAAGCUUCUCCCCUGGAUUCAACAAUAUAUGGCCACUGAUGUCAGAAUGAAAAGUUCUACAGCAUCAUGCAGUGUUCAAGACGGUAGACUCCCUGACAACGAAGGAAGACUACAUUUUCCUGAAAGCCCCAAGCGUUUCUAUCUGGAUAAUCAGUUAUGUGUUUGGACUCUGCUUGUACCAGAAGGAAUGCAUAUUCUGCUGAACUUUUCCCACUUUGAUGUGGAGCCAGAUACAUUUUGUGACUAUGAUUCCCUAUCAGUGAUUUCUAAGGAUGAUAGGCUUGUUGGGAAAUUCUGUGGAAUGGAUCCUCCGUUGCCUAUAUUGAUUGGCUCAAAUAGUGUAAGGCUUACAUUUGUCUCUGAUAAUAAGGAACAUGGGACUGGAUUUUCCAUGAAAUACCAGGCUGUUGCACCAGCUAUGCUUCCAGAUUCUGGCUGCGGAUCUCUAGCCAUACUCUUUGAGGAAGGAACAAUACAAAGCAUGCACUACCCUGAGGCAUACAGUAACUUGGCAGAUUGUCAGUGGAUAAUUCAUGCUCCAGAGAACUAUGUAGUCAAGCUCACCUAUGAAAAUUUUAAUCUGGAAGAAAAUAAAGACUGCACGUAUGACUCAGUGACAGUGUAUGAAAAUGUUGCAGUGGAGAAAGAAAUAGCUCGGUCCUGUGGAUUUGCUAUCCCAGCACCAGUUCUGAGUUCCUCUAGUACCAUACUCAUCAGGUUUCAUUCAGAUGAAUCAGAGACAUUUGGUGGAUUCAGAGCUACAUUUUCAUUCAUCCCCCUUGCAGAUUUAAAUAUAUCAAAUACAAGCAGUGAAGUGAUCCUUCCUGAACAAAUAAAUGACCAUGAAGAUGCAAUUGGCAUUCCUGAUAACAUUUGUGGAGUAGCAGCAAAUCAGCCAAGGUUUCUUUUCAGUCGGAUAACUGGAGGCGAGGAAGCUGUACCCUAUUCCUGGCCUUGGCAGGCUAGUAUGCAGAUUUCAGGAGAAAACAUCUGUGGAGGAGCAGUUCUCACAAAUAUGUGGGUGGUUUCAGCUGCUCACUGCUUCACAUACAGGAAACAAUACAGAAAUCUAUGGAGAGUGGUGGUUGGAGUCCAUGAUAUCAAAGCUCAAGAGCCAAACAGUCAGAAAAGAUCAGUGAAGAAGUACAUUAUACAUCCAGAUUUUAACAGCACUACUAUGGAUUCAGACAUUGCACUGGUGCAGUUGACUGAACCUUUAGAAUUCAAUCACGUUCGUCCGGUGUGCCUGCCUGAGAAAGAUGAAAAGGUUGAACCUUCGAGGGUUUGUGUCAUCACAGGCUGGGGCGUUCAGAAUGAAGACAGAGCAAAAUCAAGAAAACUCCAACAACUCGAAGUUCCCAUUUUGGAUUCUGAAGAGUGCCAUAACUAUUACAUGAACCAUUCUGGAGGAGUGAGCAAGCAGAUGUUCUGUGCUGGAUUCCCUACUGAAAAGGACAAGGAUUCAUGUUCAGGUGAUUCUGGAGGACCACUAGUUUGCCUUUCAGAAGAUUCAAGUUACUACACGCUGAAUGGAAUAAUAAGCUGGGGAUUUGGCUGUGGAAGAAAAGACUAUCCAGGCGUAUAUACAAAUGUAGCUUCUUUCAUAGGUUGGAUCAAUCAGCACAUUUCUGGAACCAGUAAGCCUCUACAUUCAUUCUAA